AAGCAUUGUGGGAAGGAUCUCGGCAGUACACGAUUUCACCACCAUACAGUGUGCUAACCUUACCUAUAAACAUUUGAGUAAAAGAACAAGAACAAGACAAGAUUUCAUCAUAAUGCCAGGAGGCAAGAAACAGCAUGCCCAGCGUACUAAAGGAAACGUCAGGCCCUCUAGUAGUGGACGUGCAGCGGAGCUCUUAGCAGCAAGUAGUGGAGGCAAUGUCCAUGGGUUUGUUGGGUUCCAGACACUGUCUGGGGACUUGGGCUAUGUACCUGCUGCUGGCGCAACUGAUGAGGCAGAUAGCAGUGUGGAUCCAGACUUCAGAAUGGUGCUGAGGAAACUGUCCAAAAGAGAUACAACCACAAAGCUCAAGGCCCUUCAGGAGUUUAGUGUGCUGUGCAAGGAAAAAGAUACAGAAGUUGUGAAAAGUGUACUUCCCUACUGGCCUCGACUAUAUAAUAAAAUUGCACUGGACAAUGAUAGACGAGUACGUGAAGCAGCACAGCAUGCUUUUGAGCAGUUGUUGUUGAAAGUAAAGAAGAGUAUAGCUCCUCACCUCAAGCCUUUAAUGGGUGUGUGGCUAAUCAGUCAGUGUGAUGCCUAUGCCCCAGCAGCAUCGGCUGCCAAAGCUGCUUUUCUAGCUGCCUUUCCAGUUUCAAAACAGUCAGAUGCUGUCGCAUUUUGCAAGGAGGAAGUUAUGAAUUAUCUAAUCGAUAACUUAAUAGACCAGACAGCUAAAACAUUGAGUGACCCAAAGACCACCCCAGAAGAAGAGAUGGAGCAAAAGUACCAGAGAAUGUUGAUGUCCUCUCUCCAUGCAUGGAAGAUGUUGAUCAAUGUGGUGUCAGCCGAGGAACAAGAGAGUUUGCUUGAUAAGUACAAGAAAAUCCUUAAGGAAAAUAAAUUUUGGAAAAACCUAGGAAAACAUCAAAAUGGAAUGAUCCGAGGAGCUUUCUACUCCGUGCUGUCCACAUUAUGUCAGGUCCACCCUGCUGUGGCCAGUGAAUUCAGUGAGAAGAUCUCCCAGUCUGUACUGUACAAUCUAGAUGACAUGGAUCCUGUUGUGUGUGCCCAUCUCUGGGAAACCGCUUUGGUGAUUUUGUCAUCGUUAGAGGACUGUUGGUCUAAUGUAAAUCCCAGAAAGGGUGUUCUUCCAAAGCUUUGGAAGGUGAUGAAACUUGGAGGAAGUGGAUCAGCUGGUGUGAUUUGCCCAAACUGGCUGCCUUUGCUGAGCAAGAUUCCAGAAGAAAUCAUAGGAGAAGGGACAGGAUUCUAUCAAGAAUUUUUUGGCAAUAUUAAAAUAGGCCUAUGUGAAGGAAGGGUACAACAAAGUCCCAGUGAAAUGGCAGCCAUAAUCAAAGCCAUGAUAGAGUGCUUGCGUUAUUGUCUUGUUCAGAAACUUGGCGAUUCAAGCGAACUUCAGAAACACAUCAUUUUAGAUCAGCUUAUACCACUACUAGAAGCCUCAUUUUAUGAAGCGAAAAGUCCUCUGUCCAGCUCCCCCUUGUAUUCCUUGGUAGUGGACCUAACACAGUACAUACACAAACAGAGUCACUGUGCAGAGGAUGAAGAAAAGAGGGCAUUGUGGGCUCAAACAUCAAAUCUUUUUUGGGAUAACUUUAAGUCCCAGUGCAGAAGUUGGUUUGUCAGGUCGCAUGAUUGUAAAACAUUAGGAUUUAUUUUGGACAGAUUUGGAACAUUUUUGGAGUCCUUCAAGAAGUCGCAACCUGGUAGAAUGCAGAAAAAGAAGACUGGUAAAAUUCACUUCAGUGACACAAAUGAGAAAGACUUUGACAUUGAGCUGCCUUAUGUUUCUGCAGAAGAAAAGCAUCUGGUUCCAGAGAAAGAGGGUAUUGUUCAACCAGAUUCUUUGCUCAAUAUAGAAAGUCCACUUAUGCAGAUAGUUUAUGAACUAAGCUGCACCUCAGCAAAGACCUUUUCUGGAGUUUAUUUGACAUUCCUUUCUAGAAUGUGUAUCACAUAUGGAGGGAAGACACUCUUCAUGCAUCUGUGCUCUGAUAGUAUUACAAGACAGCCAGAAACCUCAGAGGUGGAACUAGUGUUCUUCAAAGAGAGACUGCUCUCCAAACUCAAACAUUUGGAAGGAGACUCUGAUAAAUUUGGCCAUGAUUUAAGCAAACUGGUGGACAUUCUGUUGUCAGUGUACAGAUCUGCAGAUGUGGAUACAAGAAAGAACAUUCUCUUGACACUUUGUGAGGAAAUAGACCACCCUGCUGUGUUCCAAAUGUUGGUGGAAAGACUGAGGGGUUUCAAAGAUACCAUAUUCAAACAGUGGAUGAAGAGCAAGGUGUUUGGAGAGAAGAUGGUGCUGUUUGCUGAGGAGUUGUGUCAGGAGUGUCUUGGUAAUGGUGGGGAUGAGAGGAGCCAGAGGGAUGUGGAUGCGUCCUGGUCACUGUUAACCCUGGCACUCACUACUGAUGAUGCACAUGAGACACUGAUUGCUGCUGAGUAUAUUGACAAGAUGCUGAUGAAGAUCCGAGCUGCUUUACCUAGUCCAAACCACAAGUGGCAGUCUAGUCCUGAAGAAUUAAACAGAUGUGUGGCUUUUGUUUGUGAUGUGGCCUUGAACUUCUUCACCAACAUUCAGGAUUGUCUGAUGAUUUCAUCCACAGAGGAACUGCUUCUUUCACUGUUUCAACUGGGUGUCCAGUGGAACCUCAACUUAGCAGCUCAUUUACACGAAAAGAUAAAGAAGACCUGGAAGCAAGGAGUCAAAGCUUUGGUGCUACAACAAGGAGGGCUGCUCAAAGAGGAAGGAUUCUUCUGCAAGGCUGCAGAAUUUAUGAAAAGUUAUGUACGAAAGGAAUGUUAUUCUGUAGAAAGGCUUAAUUCAGUGUGUACUCUGGCUGUAGAAUUGGUGAAUACAAUCUUUGAAAGCAUCCAGGAUGAGGUUGAAGAUGAAGGACUUGUUGCUGUUCCCCUUCAGACGCCCCUGAUCCAGGCUUAUGUGGAGAUGUUAGUUACUGAUGAAGAACUGCAUGUGAAGGAUGGGUGGAAAACCUGGCCCCUGGUUAGUGGACAACUUUUGUUCAGCAGUUUCCCAACAGACACUCCUGUCAAUGAAGAAACCGUGCCACCAUGUCUGCCAUCAGUCUACUUCACAUCUAAGCUGCUUACUGAUGCUGGUGCAUUGGAUGCCCAUGCAGACAGUGCUGUGACAGCCAGACUAAGUGCUGUGACUGAGAAGCUGGCCUAUUGUGUAGCUUACUGCGAGGCAUGCUUGGGAUGUCACAGAGAGGCUCUCUUUCACUCUGAAUUGAACAAGUCCUUGAUAAUUGCUGAUGAAAACUUCAGCUGUAUAUACAAGUCACUGUCACAGCUCACAAAGACCACUAUCAUCAGGGCAAGUUUAGAAAGAUCACUGAACAGUGGAGGGAUGAGUGCCCUGGCCCUUGACGUAUUACUGAGGAAUGAAGAAUUGGCAGAUAUUGAAGUUAUGAGUCUCCUUGGAGGAAUUGACAGAUUUGCAGAUUUGAAUGAAAUAACUGUCCAAACAUUGCUGGUCCUCCUUCCAUAUCUUAAAUCUACAGACAGACUUUCCUUGAUUGAAAUAAUGGCAGCUAGGAUCAUCAGCUGUGAAGCAGAGGAGAUUAUGAACAUAGAUGGUUGUCUGGGCCCACUAGCCAUUGCUAGCAAAGCUUUUAAUUUGGCGUUCAAUGGAACAGAAGACAGACUUGAACUGACUGAAUUAGCCAUUGGAAUUGUCAACUCUGUACUUGAAAUGAGGGAAAAGCAUGAUGACUUAUUUGCAUUCAGCAACAUAAAGACAUUGAGUUGGAACACAGUAAACUUCAAUGUUUGGAUGAUAAGGUUUUUGGAAGUGCUGGUAAACCAUAUACCAACUAAAUUAGAAGAUGGACACUGGGACUUUGUGCAGUGUAGCCUGGCUGCCUGGAUACAGAGCUGUCAGGAAUGUGGCCUGGCCUUGCACACGCAUGCCCCAGUCUUGGUGUUGUUUGCUGACGCGUGCAACCUGCUGGCUGCCGUAGCUACCUGUAUGAAAAACGUGGUUCCCCAGCAGAAAGAUAGCUUUCCUGAUGGUCUGCUCACAGAGUGGACAGAAUUCUUCAGCCAGGGGAAUUAUACCACCUUGUUGCCAAUAUUUGUCAAAUAUUCAGAUAAUCUAAAUGUCUUAAAGCAGCCACUGGCACUGGACUACCAGCUGCGUUGCCUGGGUGCUGCAAUGGCUUUGUGUCCAGUAGAACAUCUCAAGUCUCACCAACUCCCUGCCAAACUGAAAGCAGACGACAACAGUAACCUACCAGAUGAGAUUCAGACAUUGCUGAACCAUCUUUGUCCUCAUCUGCUGUCACAUCACCGAGCCGUGCUACUAACAGUUUAUAAGUUAUUGUUUAGCACUAUGCCAGAGCUUACAUUAUUUAAUGAAGGAAAGAGUACAGAUGAUUCAAAUGAGGAAAAUUCAAGAGCUCCUCCUGAACCUCUCCUCUCAAUCUUGAACACCACCACAAAUGUGAUCGAUCACAUCCUGGGUGACCUCAAGGUUGGAGAACGUAUGCUCAUAGAACCUCACAUAGAGGAAUUCACAGUUGCCAUGGGAUACCUGUUGUCAUGGAAAUUGAUAUUGGAAUUCUUCAAGGGUGCAACAUCUGAGCUUCGAGCAGAGUAUGCUACAUACUUAAAGCAGACCAAUGCAGUACACAAUUUGAUGGUUAACCUCUUCAGACUUAUGCCAGAAAACCCUACAGUUCAAUCUACUGACCUCCAGUUGGCACAAUCCCCAGCAAACAAACUAUCAGGGUCUAUGAAUCUGUUUGCAGAAGAACCAGAUUUGAAUAUCAAAGGAGAUUUCAGCACUGUAGAACUGCAACACUUGGCAUGUUCUGUGUAUUAUGCAGCUCUCCAGGACAUCCCUGCACUGAUUCGGCAGUGGUGGACAGACCAGGAUAAAAGAAUCACCAUGGAAGUUGAGAAGUUUACGUCAAAAUAUGUAAGCCCCCUGUUAUGUGCCCAAGAGAUCAAAGAUGUGCAGGAAAGAAGAGUAGAGUUUGACAACAUGGUGGUAAAAGCAAGGUCAACAACCAGAGAAGUUAUAGCAACUUACACUGUGGAGGACUUUUCAAUGGAACUCAUCAUCCAGCUUCCAGCCAACCACCCCCUUGGGCAGAUCUCAGUAGAAUGGGGGAAGAGAAUAGGGGUGGCUAAUCUACAGUGGAGAAACUGGAUUCUUCAAAUGACAACAUUUUUAUCAUAUCAGAAUGGUUCUAUAAUAGAUGGCUUAUCACUAUGGAAGAGGAAUGUGGACAAGAGGUUUGAAGGAGUAGAAGAGUGUAUGAUUUGUUUCUCAGUCAUCCAUGGUUCAAAUUGUCAGCUGCCAAAGCUGCAGUGUAAAACAUGCAAAAAGAAGUUUCAUAAUGCUUGUCUAUAUAAAUGGUUUAGCACAAGCAACAACUCAACAUGUCCACUUUGCAGAAACCUGUUUUAACACUGAUAAGGCAUUCAAUUAACGACAAAGUUGACACAGAUGAUCAAUAUUUACUGUCCAACGUAUUAAAAGAAUACAUCUGAGGGAUAUAUGAGGAACAUGCAGAAUUGUUUGACCCAGUGAAGCUGUUUGUGAGACCUUUGAGACAAAAAAAUCAUCACUGGGAAUGUGUAAAAUUCCCUUUAGAACUUAAGCAAUAUUUAUGGUUUUCCUGUUAUAAGACU